AUGUACGGCAGCCGCGGCUACGCCACCGGGUACGGCGGCCUGGGCGACAUGCCGUCCCGCGCGUCGGCACUGCAAGCCCAGCAGCAACAGCAACAGCAGCAACAACAGCAGCAGCAACAGCAGCAGCAGCAACAGCAACAGCAGGCUGCCCAGCAGCUCGGCACCAGCGGCUCUGGAGCCCCCCUGUUGCUGAACAACCUCGCUCAGCACCUCAACAACCCUCCUCCCCCACAGAGCGGCCACGGACAGCACCCCACCCAGCCCUCGACUCCUGGCCUCGGCAGCGCAGGCAGCGCCGGCGGCUUCCCUUCCACAGGUGUCCCCGGCGCGCCGGCACAGGGCACUGGCAAGCUCUUACUCCUCCCGAACGGGUCACCGCCCCCUGCGGGCUCGGAGGAGGAGAAGAUUUACCUGCUCAUCACCGAGCUCCUCGACCCCGAGACGCGCGAGACGGCGCUCCUCGAGCUUAGCAAGAAACGCGAGAUGUAUGAAGAUCUCGCGCUGGUUCUCUGGGGUGGAUUUGGCAUCAUGUCCUCUCUCCUCCUCGAGAUUGUCAACGUCUACCCCGCCCUGUCUCCCCCCGUGCUCACUGCGCAUGCGUCCAACCGCGUGUGCAACGCUCUUGCCCUUCUCCAGUGUGUCGCGUCCCACUCGGAGACCCGUAGUCUCUUCCUCAACGCCCACAUCCCCCUCUUCCUGUACCCAUUCCUCAACACGACGAGCAAGACUCGUCCAUUCGAGUACCUCCGCUUGACGUCGCUGGGUGUCAUUGGCGCUCUCGUCAAGCAGAACGACAACUCGGACGUCAUCAACUUCCUCCUCUCGACCGAGAUCAUCCCCCUCUGCCUCCGCAUCAUGGAGACUGGCUCGGAGCUCUCCAAGACGGUCGCCAUCUUCAUUGUCCAGAAGAUUCUCCUCGACGACCUUGGCCUCCAGUACAUUUGCCAGACGUACGAGCGCUUCUACGCCGUUGGUGCCGUUCUCUCCAACAUGGUUACCGCCCUCGUCGAGACCCAGGCUGUCCGCCUCCUCAAGCACGUCGUCCGUUGCUACCUCCGCAUGAGCGACAACCCCAGGGCGCGCGAAGCACUGCGCGCUUGUCUGCCCGAGCCGCUUCGCGACGGCACGUUUGCCGCGCUCCUCAAGGGCGACCUCGUCACGAAGCGUUGCCUCCAGACACUGCUCGUCAACCUGAACGAGCGCGCCGAGUAA